GCUGAGACUGGAGGUGCCAAGUUCAAGAAGUACGAGGAGAUCGACAAUGCGCCAGAGGAGAAGGCUCGUGGCAUCACCAUCAACUCCUCCCAUGUGGAGUAUGCCACGGCCAACCGGCACUACGCCCACACCGACUGCCCCGGCCACGCCGACUACGUCAAGAACAUGAUCACUGGCACCGCUCCCCUAGAUGGCUGCAUCCUCGUGGUGGCAGCGACAGACGGGCAGAUGCCGCAGACCCGAGAGCACUUGCUGCUGGCCAAACAGAUCGGGGUGCGGCACAUCGUGGUGUACAUCAACAAGGCGGACGCAGUGGAGGACCAGGAGAUGCUGGAGCUGGUGGAGCUGGAGAUCCGGGAGCUGCUCUCUGAAUUUGGCUACGAUGGGGAGAAGACGCCCGUCAUCGUGGGCUCUGCCCUCUGCGCCCUGGAGUACCGUAGCCCCGAGCUGGGACUGAACUCCAUCAUGAAGCUGCUGGACGCGGUCGACACGCACAUCCCACUGCCCAUGCGGGAGCUGGACAAGCCAUUCCUGCUGCCCAUCGAAUCAAUCUACUCCAUCCCAGGGCGUGGGACGGUGGUGACAGGGACGCUGGAGCGUGGCAUCGUCAAGAAGGGGGAUGACUGCGAGUUCGUGGGGCACAACCGGAACGUGCGCUCCGUGGUGACAGGCAUUGAGAUGUUCCACCAGAACCUGGAGCGGGCCGAGGCCGGGGACAACCUUGGCGCACUGGUGCGGGGGCUGAAGCGGGAGGACGUGCGGCGUGGCAUGGUGAUGUGCAAACCAGGCUCCAUCAAGCCCCAUCAGAAGAUUGAGGCCCAGGUGUACAUCCUCAGCAAGGAGGAGGGUGGGCGGCACAAGCCUUUCGUCUCUAACUACAUGCCUGUCAUGUUCUCCCUGACCUGGGACAUGGCCUGUCGGACCAUCCUGCCCCCUGGAAAGGAGAUGGUGAUGCCUGGCGAGGACACAGCCCUGACCCUCACCCUGCGGCAGCCCAUGGUGCUGGAGGAAGGUCAGCGCUUCACACUGCGUGAUGGCAACCGCACCAUUGGCACCGGUGUGGUCACCAAGACGCUGGAGAUAGGGCCAGAUGAUAAGUGGGGGGCUUAAAAGCCCAGCUGAGCUGGCUCUGCCCCCAGGCCUGUGUCUGCAAACAGUGGGGGAGGGGCUAGUUCUAGCUGGUGUCCCCUACGAACCUGUUUAUCGCUGCUGCCCCCGGCGGCAUCAUGGUCACCUAGAGCGGGGUGCAAGCUGCCUGUUGUAUGAACUGCUCUGCUGUGGGGCAACAGAAAUCGAACUGCCCUCCCGUGGUGGCUCUCCUGCCCAGAGCCCCUGCAGUAGGGGCUUAUGCAGCUUCCUGCUGUUUGGUUUCUUUUGUUAAUAAAGGUGCGGAAUCAUGGCUGGGUCCUUCCUGCUUCUUUGGGGGGGUGCGCUGGAGGUGACAGGUAGCUGAAGGGGGUUCCUGGCAUGGGCGCAGCUGGUGACAGAGGCUCAUGUCCCCCCCCCAUGGGUUGGGCUGGGACAGUGAUACUAGCUCUGUAGGGACCAGGUAGCACCCUGGCCUGCUCUCAGGCAGGUCCCAGCUCCUGUCCAGGGCACUGUGGCCCAGUGGACUAGCAGAGGGGCAGCACCCAGCUUUGGGUGCUUGCCUAGCAAAGCAGUGGGAGAAGGGGGGGGGAGAUUAGCUCCCCAGGGAGCAGAGCUGGGGGCUGAUGAAGCUGAAGGAGAAUGUUGUCAGAAGGGCAAAUAGGGACAAACGACCCUGCCUCAAGUCAGGGUAGAGAUGGGAUGGGGUGGAACAGCCUCCAACCCCCCCCCCCCC